AUGGGGAGCAGGGGCAGUGGGACUUCUCUGCUCUGCUGCAUCACCACCUGUGCUGUGAUAACUGGUGGUGUCUUGCAAGAGAAGCAAGAAUUCAUCAAAGUGAGUCUGGACCAGAUCCUCAUUCAGUUUGACGGAAGUCACGCUCUCACUGGGGAGACUAGUAGAGGCAGUCUGGUGUACAGAGGCUGGACGCAAUAUCUGAUAUGUCUGUCAACCAUGGGCAUACUGGGAGCUACCAUUGAGGUCUCCAAUGCUGUUCCUGAUAGUGUGAUGUAUCAAAACGAGGCCCCACCCCUCAUACCCUCUCGUGAACCUAAUAAUGACAGGAGCAAGUCUUCCGAAACUCCUCCACCCAUACCACUGAAAUCCUACAAACACUCAGCUUAGCUCUCCAGAAGACUCUGUGUGUGACAAUUCUUGUUUUAUGUAUCAAAACACACUAUUCAAAGUCCAAGUGCCCAAGACUUUCAUAUCAUGCAUUACACACAAAUCCCAUCACACAUAACAGUCACAUUGGUGAAUAGAUAUCUACAAUUGUAUAUAUAUACUGGACUGAGAUUGUCUGUUCC